ACCAGUCGAGCUGAGAUCAGUCACGGCCUUCAGAACCAAAUAUUGGAGAUACCAUGAUCUCAGUCUCCUCCGUCGUCUUUACUCUGGUGCUGUUCUCCGAGCUGAACAGCCCCUUGGUAACUGUAGCUUCACCUACGACGAAAGGAGAAGAUGGUGUAAUAGAGCAAGACGGCCUGAGUUCCUUUCUGGGAGACGAACCCAUGAUGGAGCAGGCGAUGGUCCCGCCUGUGUACAGAGGAAGCCUCAUGCUGGACAACAGCAUCAGAGAUGAAGAGGGGAACCCUAAGAUCUUCAUCCUCUCGGACAUGAGGCAGAAGGGACACGGGACUCGGGGGCUGAACUCGGGCCUCACCCGGAGCCUUCCUCUGCUCGCAGACCACAAGAUGAGCCGCGCUCCGGCCGAGUACAGUUUCAAAAUGGACCGAAGAGACACCGACUUAAACAUGCUGCGGUGUAUGAUCGGACGAGUGUACCGACCCUGCUGGGGUUCUUCCAACGCCAACUGAAUGUGCAGCGGAGGGCUCCUCCUCGUGUUUUACACUGAAAUGCAUUUAUAUGUCUUAAAGAAGAGUGUAAAACAAACAUGUACAACAAAAUAAAACUUUAUUCAAAUUCACAAGCAUA